AUGUUACCUGUCUACUUUCAGGAGUCGGUGGAUACAUUUAGCACGUGCAUGGACUCUGUUGACCAGAACGACGGAGGGACUCCAAAGGUGAAAAAGGACAAGAAUGACGGACGAUUAUACAAAUUUGUAAAAAAGCACAUUCUACAGCGAAAAGGUUUGUCCAACGAUGUGAAGGAGAUUCACAUCGUUCCGGAUGGAGACGAAUUUAAAUGGGCGCGCAGGAGCGGCGGAAGUGCAGCCUCCCGGUCCAGCACGGGAACUUCCGGUAGUGAAGGAGAUCGGUUAGAAGUAGUCCACGAUAUGGCGGAAGAAUACACGCAAGAGGCAGUAUGA